AUGACGGGGCACAACAAGGAGAAACGUUAUGCGUGCGAGGUGUAUGGCAAGGCCUGGCAGUACCCGAGCGAGCUGGAGACCUACCGGCGGGUGCACACGGGCGAGAAGCCCUACACCUGCACCGACUGCGGCAAAAGCUUCACCAAGUCCAGCAACCUGCUGAGACACCAGCGCACCCAUACCGGCGAGCGUCCCUACACCUGUGCCCAGUGCGGCAAGGACUUCAACGAGUCCAGUCACCUGCUGCAGCACCAGCGCACCCACACUGGCGAGCGCCCCUACACCUGCGCCCAGUGUGGCAAGGGCUUCAUCCAAUCCAGCCACCUGCUGGUUCACCAGCGCAGCGCCCACACCGGCAAGCGCCCCUACACCUGCGCCCAGUGCGGCAAGGGCUUCACCCGCUCCAUCCGGCUGUUGUCCCACCACCGCGUGCACGCCAGCGAGCGCCCCUACACCUGCGCCCAGUGCGGCAAGGGCUUCACCUGCUCCUCCAACCUGCUGAUGCACAAGCGCACCCACACCGGCGAGCACCCCUGCACCUGUGCCCAGUGCGGCAAGAGCUUCACCAACUCCAGCAGCCUGCUGAAGCACCAGCGCACCCACACCGGCGAGCGCCCCAACACCUGCACCCAGUGCCAGCGGAUACACACAAGAGAGAGACCCUUUGUGUGCGCUGAGUGUGGCAAAGGUUUCACCCGCAUGUCCAGCCUGUGGCAGCACCGGCGUAGCCACAACGGUGAGCGUCCCUUCACCUGCCCGCUCUGUGGCAAGGCCUUUGCCCGCUCCUCCAGCCUGCUGGGACACCGCCACCUGGAGACCCACCAGCGGGUGCACACGGGCGAGAAGCCCUACACCUGCACCGACUGCGGCAAAAGCUUCACCAAGUCCAGCAACCUGCUGAGGCACCAGCGCACCCACACCGGCGAGCGCCCCUACACCUGUGCCCAGUGCGGCAAGGGCUUCAACGAGUCCAGUCACCUGCUGCAGCACCAGCGCACCCACACCGGCGAGCGCCCCUACACCUGCGCCCAGUGUGGCAAGGGCUUCAUCCAAUCCAGCCACCUGCUGGUUCACCAGCGCAGCACCCACAACGGCAAGCGCCCCUACACCUGCGCCCAGUGCGGCAAGGGCUUCACCCGCUCCACCCGGCUGCUGUCCCACCAGCGUACCCACACCGGCGAGCACCCCUACACCUGUGCCCAGUGCGGCAAGGGCUUCACCUGCUCCGCCAAACUGCUGAUGCACAAGCGCACCCACACCGGCGAGCGCCCCUACACCUGUGCCCAGUGCGGCAAGGGCUUCACCAACUCCAGCAGCCUGCAGCAGCAUCAGCGCACCCACACCGGCGAGCGCCCCUACAACUGUGCCCAGGGCGGCAAGGGCUUCACCUGCUCCUCCAACCUGCUGAUGCACAAGCGCACCCACACCGGUGAGCGCCCCUAUACCUGCACCCAGUGCGGCAAGGGCUUCACCAACUCCACUCGGCUGCUGUUCCACCAGCGGGUGCACAUCGGCGAGCGCCCCUACACCUGUGCCCAGUGCGGCAAGGGCUUCACCUGCUCCGCCAAACUGCUGAUGCACAAGCGCACCCACACCGGCGAGCAACCCUACACCUGUGCCCAGUGCGGCAAGGUCUUCACCUGGUCAGCCAAACUGCUGAUGCACAAUCGCACCCACACCGGUGAGCGCCCCUACACCUGUGCCCAGUGCGGCAAGGGCUUCACCAACUCCAGCAGCCUGCAGCAGCAUCAGCGCACCCAUACCGGCGAGCGCCCCUACACCUGCACCCAGUGCGGCAAGGGCUUCACCAACUCCACCCGGCUGCUGUCCCACCAGCGGGUGCACGCCGGCGAC